AUGAAGGGCUCCUUCUUCCUCCUACUCACCAUCAGUCUCCUGGUUCUGAUUCAGGUAGAAACUGGAGUCCUGGGAAAUGGUACCACCGCUGCCACCACCAAGAAACCCAAGAGUGUGUCACCAGCACUCAGCAACCUGGGCGGUGGCAGUGUCUUUCUCUUCCUGGCCAACACCCUCAUCCAGCUCUUCUACCUCAGCUGA